GGCUGUAAACAGGAAUCAUCCCCGCGGGAGUCAUACUGGCUAUAAAUACAGCGACAGGGGGCUGCCGCUGGACAGGCAGUGUUUUCCUGCCAGCUGAGGAUGCGCCCAGCCCCGUAGCCCUGCCGUGGGAGGAGAUGGCCACGGAGCAGCCGGUAGCACCCACCGAGGAACAGCUGGAGAUCCUGGAGUACAACUUCUGCAAGGUGAACAGGCACCCCGACCCCACCACGCUCUGCCUCAUCGCGGCCGAAACAGGGCUCUCCGAGGAGCAGACACUGAAAUGGUUCAAGCAGCGCCUGGCGGAGUGGAGGAAGUCUGAAGGGCUGCCCUCGGAGACUGGGUCCGUCAGGGACUAGAGGAUGCUGCUGCCAUCCCCAUACCUGCCGCAAAAGAUGGCUGCGCUCUUCGGCUUUGGUGCGUUUCCUUGGGUUUCCCCUGUCGCAAUAAGUUUUGUGACACAAAUUAAUACCCUACUAUUUAAUAUAAUUUUUAUUUAAAAUGUACAUAACCAGGAAAAGGGGGAAAAAAGAUUAUAUACAGAUAACGUAUAUGUAUACAGCUUUCGACAGCUGCAUAACCUGUCAAGCAAUUCACAUCAUUGACACUGACUGCCCAGGGCCAGGCAAACUCAUGCCUGUGUCCUGGCCUCUCAGAAAAGCUACCAUGAAAGAUCCAAAUAUAGGAAUGAGGGGGAAAAAAAGGCUUUCUUUUCCUUAUGGUCCCCAGAUACAAAGUAUGUGGGCUAGCUUUAACAUCUGGAGCAUUCCAAGCAGAGGCCAUUUGGAAAACCGGAAGUGAUAUUGGUGUGUUCUUGGUUAGCUCCAGAUGCAAACAGUAGCUCUAAGGUAUUGGCAAACCGGUGCCCAGACGGAGCCAAGACCCCUCGAAUGCAUCUCUCACAUCUUUGUUAAAUGUCACCUAGGGGAAAGAACUGGUUGGCUUUUUUUCUGGUGCAUUAAUAAAAUGCAAAGUUUUCUGGCUCAGA